AGCGCAUCGCGACGACACUCAGCCAGUGUUAGAACGAUCGUCGCAGCGAGUGUAUGUGCCAGAAAACGCGCGCUCUGAAACACGCGUUGUGAAAAGCAGAGAACUCAUUUCCCGAAGCGAGAUCAUAGCAGGCGCAAUUUAGUCGGACAUUGUUUUGCAAACUGCAUCAUCGUGAGUGAUUAUUUCCACAGAGAAAAGCUGGUUCAGAGAAAGCCAGUGAGUUCAAUGUUAUCUAAUCAUUUGUCUAAUCGGAGCGUACAAAACUAAAUCACACAAUCCUCACAGGGAAUUGCGUGUCGCGUAAAAUUUCUCGGUGCGUGCAUUCUGCGUGUUCUUGUCGUUGAAUGGAUGGAUGCCAAGGAAUCAUCGCGUCGGGAUAAAGAAGCGAAAAAGAAAUGGUGAAAAGUGGGAGACCGGCCCGCGUUAAACCAAGUUUAUUUCUGUUUUUGUGAUUACUGACUUGAGCGAGAGAACAACGACACUAAUCAACUGGUGAUACUGGCUAUCUGAUAGUGUCUUAUCAUCGCAUCCGGCCGCCUUUCACGUUGGAUUGCAUUAGUUUCGGUUUGGCAUAGAAUGCAGUGUAGCGUUGACUAAAGCGCGCUUUCCGAAACACGUGAUCUCCGCUGAAUAUUUCGAUGUUACAGUUUUGGAAAUAAUUCCAUAAUCAACGAUCAUCAGCAGCUUUUGUUUGUGGUCUAAAACACAGAUUUUAUCAUGGCAACCCUGAUUUGAAAUUGAUCCUGACAUGAUCAAAUUUGAUGAUGAUGAUAUUUAUUCUGUAGCUGGACAACAGGAGGAAAAAAAUCCACUGGACGAUGCGGAACCUGCAGAACAGUUGAGCAUCAAGGAAAAAUUUGAACGACAAUUGCAACAAACAAAGAUCUCUACCAGUUCUACCUCUCAACAACAGUACCAAAGCUAAAACCGUAUCAAUUUGUAAAAAAGUGCCAUCUAGCUCGUAGGAUCAUAUAAAACCACCAUGCAUUUCAAAGAAUGUUGCAACCGUCGGUGUAUACUCACGUCCGGCGGUGUUAUUUUAGUGGCUUUCGGGAUCUUCUUGACAUUCUGCUUCCACGCUGUGUUCCGGGACAUAUUGUAUGAGCAAUUGAAACUUCGUCCGACAUCUCGGGGUUACGAUGCGUGGGUAAGUCCGCCGUUUCCGCUGUCGAUGGAUGUGUACUUUUUCAACUGGACAAAUCCAGAGGAUCUGUGGAACCACACCAGUAAACCGAUUCUGGAGGAGUUGGGACCGUACCGGUUCACGGAGCGACCGGAAAAGGUCGACAUUGAGUGGCACGAUCGCAAUGCGACGGUUAGCUACCGGAAGAAAAGUGUUUACUUCUUCGACGAGGAAGGAAGCAACGGCUCGCUAGACGAUGUGAUUAGCAGCAUCAAUGUAGUAGCGCUGUCAGCUGCACAUCGGGCCCGCAGUUGGAACUAUGUCAAGCAGAAAGGUGUCUCGAUGGGUCUCAACCUUUACAACCAGAAGGUGUACGUUGCCAAAACAGCUGGCGAACUGCUGUUCGACGGAUACGAAGAUGAUAUGGUGCUAAUGGGCAAACAGCUGUUCGAUGCCAGUGAAGUUCCCUUCGAUCGUGUUGGUUGGUUCUACACGCGCAAUAACUCAGCCGAUCUAAUUGGCCAUUAUAACGUUCACACCGGUGUGGACGACAUUGCUAAAAUUGGAUCGAUGGCCGAGUGGAACUACAAACCACGGACGGACUUCUUCGCUGACCACUGUGGAAUGCUGAAUGGAUCCGCCGGCGAGUUUUAUACACCCAAUCUAAGCAAAGACGUCCCUAUCCAACUCUUCACGCCCGAUAUGUGUCGCAGUUUGCCUUUGGAUUUUGAGCGAGAAGAAGAAGUCGCCGGAAUCCGAGGAUACAAGUAUGCUGGCGGUCCUCGAACGGUUGAUAAUGGAACGAUGUAUCCGGAAACGGCUUGCUUUAGCGCGGGUGAAAUAGUUCCUUCUGGAGUACUGAAUAUAUCUGCCUGUCGCUUCGGAACGCCUGUGUUUAUGUCAUUUCCUCAUUACUACGGUGCCGAUGAAUAUUACCUCAAACAGGUAGAAGGGUUAAGUCCGGACAAAAGUAAGCACCAGUUUUACAUGACUAUGGAACCGACAACCGGAAUUCCACUCGAAGUAGCUGCUCGGUUCCAGCUGAACAUACUCAUCGAACCCCAUCCAAACAUAGCUCUCUACGAAGGCGUGAAGCGAGUCUUCCUACCGGUGCUUUGGUUUGAACAGCACGUCACUAUGAAGCCGGAAUUUGUCGGAGAGAUUGGUCAUGCUCUCAGCAUUCCGACGACGGGUCGUAUUUGUGGUGUUGUGAUGCUCAUCCUCGGGAUCACCAUGAUCGUUUGGACGCCAGCCGAUCGAAUGCUGUCUCGACGGAAGCGUCGUGAUAUCGUCAAGGACACUAGUACUGACAAGGCACUCUUGCAGCAAAACCUCUCUAAAGCAGCCAUUCUGCUGCCGGAGAAGGAGAAAAAAGAAUCGGUUACAAUCAUCGAGGCACAUCCACUGAUCGACCACAAACCGGUCAAAUUGGUUAGUGAAAAUGGGACGGCUCGGAUGUGAAACUGUAUCACAUGGAGAAUUUGCGUUGCAAAGCAAGAAGCAAAAUGAGUUCUCUACAUUCAUUAUUAGUAAAUAAGUGCCGUAUUCAUGCAAUUAGUGUUAUUGCAGCUGUGUGUUCAUUUCCGAGCCAUCAUCCUCCAGUGAGUGUAUUACAGGGAACAUCAUCCUAAAAUCAGUGCAAUGCCACACCUCGAUUAAUGUGCCAGACCUAUCAUAAUAUUGCUAAUCAUAAUCCACACAGUUUAUAAUUCUUCAAAAGUGGAAAAAAAAAACUAGCUCACGUUUGCCUUCCAUCGAAUGUGAUAAUAGCGAUACCAGGAGUUUCAAGAAGUUUCCAACGUAACAAAAACAUUGAAAAAAGGAUGACUUGUAUGUGCGCAUUUGCAGCGCGAUAAAAAGGAUAAUCGCUUUGUCUUGUAAAGAUUUCGGUAUGAAAGCUUCGAUAAACAAUCCAGUUAAGUAUAACAUCACAUUUUUUUUUCUAAAAAAAAGGUGUAACUUUUCAGAGGAAGUAUAUUGUUUUUUUUAUACUAAGAUAUUUUAGUAUAGUGUAGUA